UGCAGUCCAAUCAAGACAUCAGGAGAACAGUGUCAAAUAAUAUCGGGGGAUACCUCAAGGUACAAAUAGGUCAAGUCUAUUUUGUCGUGAGACAAUUGCUGAACUGAAUUAGUAAAUUCCAAGUCUCAAAAUGUCGCACACUUGCCCAUUUCAUUCGAGAGAAUCCAGUGCCAUAACCAUAACCAAAUCCGCGGAGUCGGACGACACGAAGAUCGCGAUGUGCGCCACCUUGGAGUUGGACAGCUGCCGAGCGGAGAACUGGCAGCUGAAGAAGAAGCUCACUGAGUACGAGGCCACGAUCAAGAGCCUGGAGCAGCUGGUGGCCACCAUUGCAGACAAGCAGCACCAGAUCCUCAGCGAGGUGGUGGAGCUCCGCAAGGAGAGUCGCGCUGCUCCAACCGAGGAAAACACUGCACCGGCGGACACGUCGGGAUCCUCGAGUGCGAAUCUCCAGGAGGAAGAGGAGGAUGGCUACAGACCAGAUUCCGAAUCCGAGAACGAAGCCACUCAGUCUUCGGCUCUGAGUGCCCGUUCCUCGAUCGCUUCCCUGAUUUCCUUGUGCCUUUCGUCGACCAGUUCGCUGGGAGUGUCCAAUAUCGAAAUAACCUCUGAUUCCGAACACGAACUUUAUGCCGAAUUGGGGAUGGAACGCUACUCCGAUCACUCGGAGGAGCACUUGGAGGCGGAUCCUCUCGCAGUUACUCCUCCCGAAACUUCGCUAACACAGGAUUAUCCUUCUGAGGCGGAAAGCGAGCCAUAAACACACUCUUUAAUGUAUAACAAUUUGAUCAAAUAGAUAACUAUGCGUUGGUUUUACAUAGUCAAACUA